CCCCGCUGGCACGGGAGCGCCACGCACGGAUGCGAUCGUGCCAGAUCAUGUUUGAUCGCACACACGCCGAUUAGGAAUGAGUACACGUGAUUUAGGGUUUUUUACGAUUCCACACCAUCUUUGGUCAUUAAACAUGAUCACGCGCAACCGUCCUUCUUCUCCUUCGGCCGUUCGCUCUGGCGAGACUACGUCGAUGCGACGGGCUGGCGGCAUUUUGCGGAAUGGCGACGAAGGCCCAUCCGGGAGCGGCAAUCUCCCGCGCGAUUGUUGUCUUCUCUCGCCGCCGCCUCUCCGCUGCCUGCGCAGAUCUUGUGGAGGCCGCGAGGAGGAAGCCAGUUUGUACGCGCCGUCGCCGCCAGGAAGCGCGAGCCGAGGCCACGCAGGCGGGGCCGGGGAUCGAACCCGGGUCCUCAGGACUGUGAGGCAGACGCUCUAACCGGCCGCCCGCUCUGAUAAUAUUACAGGAUUUCGACGUUUAUGUCCCGCUUGCAGAUGUGCUCGAAGCGAAGGAGGGGUCUUCCGGGACUUUCCUUUGCCACGUGAGAGUCAAAGUGUUUGGAAGUUCAACUUGCUGAGUGUGCGUCUUCCGCAUCGGCAACUUCCUGUUUCACCCUUCAGCGUUUUUUAGACGGGCGCGUGCGCACGCACACACUGCAGCUGCGCCAAUUCUUGGAGAAAGUACAAAGUCAGUUGUGUGUUCUGGUCUCGGCGCGAAAGGGUGGAGGCGGGAGAGGGGGCGCUGUUGUCAAUUGGGGGCGCGGUUCGAUUCCCCGGAGCCGGCGUGGCCGAGGUCGGCGGCCAGGCGGGUCGGGAGAUUUGGGAAGCGUCUCGGCCGAUAUGAAAGAUUGAUGAGGUCCUAAUGGCCCGUAAUGUCCUCUAACGAUCUCCCGGGCCGGCCUAAUGGAUCCCAAGCCCCCGGAGAGAAUCGAGCGCUCGCAACUUCCGCGAGUCCUCCUCUUUCGGCCGACGACGGGACGUUGCCAAACGCCGGGAGCGCAGACGCUCCAGAGCUCCACGGGCGCAGAAUGACAUUCCCUCUACGCAGAUCCACCUCAGAGCCCCAGCUGAAGGGCAUCGUGACGCGGCUGUCCAGCCGGCAGGGCUUCCAGCUCCGGCUCCGGCCGGACGGAACCGUCGACGGCACCAAAGACGACGACAGCGCCUACGCCGUGUUCAACCUGAUCCCCGUGGGACUUCGUGUGGUCGCCAUCCAGGGCGUCCAAACCAAACUGUACCUGGCCAUGAACAGCGAGGGCUUCCUCUACACGUCGGUAAGUGUCGAGACGAUGACGAUGCGAAAUGCGGCGUGGCCGUUCGCUCGGUAUUCGCGGGAAGGAGGAAACGCAAAGGUCAACGCCCCUAACUCGGCCGUCCCCGCUUGCAAAAUGGUGGCCCCGCCCCCUGCGCAUCCGUUUCCUCCCGCAGGAACACUUCACGCCCGAGUGCAAGUUCAAGGAGUCGGUGUUCGAGAACUACUACGUGACCUACUCGUCCAUGCUGUACCGCCAGCAGGCGUCCGGCAGGGCCUGGUACCUCGGCCUCAACAAGGAGGGCGCCGUCAUGAAGGGCAACCACGUCAAGAAGAACAAGGCCGCCGCCCACUUCAUUCCCAAACCGCUCAAAGUGGCCAUGUACAGAGAGCCGUCCCUUCACGACCUGACCGAGUUGUCUCGCUCGGGCAGCGGCACGCCGACCAAAAGUCGCAGCGCUUCGGCUCUGCUCAACGGAGGGAAGUCGCCUAGCAACAACGACCUAUCCUAGCCCCCCACUGAAGAACCCCACUUACCCCUCGCCCCCCCAUUAACUCUCUCUCUCGCUCACACACACACACACACACACACACACACACUGUGUUGGGAAUCUCAUUUAAUCAUUUUUAUAUAGUGGACUUCGAUAGUUCCUAAAAAGUCCUUUUAAAAAUCUGCUUGUAGUAAAUUGGGGAAUAGGGAAUGAUUGCAAACGCAGUACUGCGUAUUGACGUAUAUUUACGCUUCGGUAUUCACAAAUUCCAUUUUGGAAACCACUUCCAUAACCCUCUGAGAAACUGUUUUUAUGCUCAUUUUGGUGCCAAGGCACUAUGUUGAAGUGAGUUGAGUCAUGAAUUCUG